CCUGUUUGCUCCAGAAAAGAUUCAGUAAACGGGCUGAAACGUCAACAUGCUGGACCUACAGUGAAGUUUUCGGAGUCUCUGUUGGUGUAAUCAAAUUUCGCGAAACACAUUUUGCAAUAUUACUGUGUUCUAUUCAAAUGGUAAAUAAACCUCUUUUACAGCCAGUGGGUGAGUCUGCUUUCAGAAGUCAGCGCACGAGACAGAUAAUAAGCGUCAUCUUCUGUCCAGCACCUUCACGUGAUGUUCUGGUAAACAGGAACCCGACCUGCUCACAGAUCCACUGAGCUGUUCCGAGAAAAGGGGUCAAGACUAAAUAUAACAUUAGUUCUGCUGAGGAAAGAUGUCUCGUGAAGCUCACUCACUGCUGCCUCUGUGACAGCACACACUGCAUUUGUCAGCCUAUCAGACAUUUCCAUUUAUUUCGCUUUAAAUGAAAGACUUAUUCGUGAUAUCAGUUUUCAAAGCGACGUUCAAUUCUGCUAUCUUCGCAAGCUGACGUCUUGUUUGUUUAGUUUGAAGUCUGUUUACAUGCGCGAUUGUUUGUAAACUCGGAGCUAAACACGGUGACGUGACGGACACCGGACAGCUGGACGAAGAGCGCAUGAUGGAGUUUGCGGUCCGACAAAGUCUUCAGGAGGUCUGCGCGUCUGGGCAUCAGAGAGCAGACACCUCUGGAACAGCCAGUGACGAAAAUCUACAGAUUUUAGCUGCGAUCGACCGAGGUGACGUGUCUGCUCUGCGAGCACUGUGUGCACACGCCAGCGCGUUUGAGGUGGCUGACCCCGCGGGACGGUUCCCGUUUCACCGAGCCGCCGUGCAACCGGACGCACGACUCCUGGACGCGGUGCUUUUGGCUUCCCACGAGCUGAGCAUGGAGGAGGUGACGGGGGAGGGUGAAACCGCGCUCACCCUGGCCGCUCACGCGGGCUGCGCGAGGAAUGUGGAAGUGCUCGUGCGUCACGGAGCUUCUCCGUACAACACGAACAGAAUGAGCGAGUCUCCUUUGCUGCUAGCGGUCAGGGCGGGCUCCUAUGACACGGUGCUCGCGCUGAUCCUGGGCGGAGCCUUCGUCGAACAGGUGUGCAGAGCUAAGUGGACGGCCACUCACGAGGCCGCCCGGGCGGGCUGCGCCGACAUCAUGAUGCUACUCCUACGUCACGGCGGGAAGGUGGAGGCUCGAGACGUGCACGGCGUCACGCCGCUCGGCAUCGCUGCCGAGUUCGGCCACGCGGACGUCCUGGAGAUCCUCAUUGAGCACGGGGGCGACGUCAACGCGCAGGCCACCAACGGAGACACUGUGUUGUAUGACGCCGCAGGUUCGGGAAACCUGGACUGCGUUGAGCUGCUCCUCCAGCGCGGCGCCAGUCCUAACGUGGCCAGUCUGGCCUUCCAGCUGCCCAUCCACCGGGCUGCGUACCAAGGCCACUACCUGGUUCUGAAGACACUCAUCCCCCUCACCACUAAGCGGGCCAUCCGCUUGUCUGGGAUGAGUCCAGUCCACUCCGCAGCAGACGGGGGUCACGCAUCCUGUCUGGAGCUGCUCAUCCAGAAGGGAUUUGACGUCAACUCACCCCUUGGCGCACACAUCUCUGACAACUAUGAUGACAUGAGGAAGACCGCGCUGUUCUUCACCGUUUCCAACGGCGACGUGACCUGCACCCAGCAGCUCCUGGAGGCCGGCGCUGGGCCUGACCUGGACCCACUGCGCUGCCUCCUGGUGGCCGUGCGGGCGGGGCACUACGAGCUUGUUCGGCUGCUGCUGGCAUAUGGUGCCAACGUUAACUGUUUCUUCACUGUGGUCAGUGACACAAUGUUCCCCACAGCACUGCAGUACUGCCUGAAAGAUCAGUCCAUGCUGCGGAUGCUCCUUAGCAAUGGUUACCAUGGAGACAGCUGCUUCCAGUGCUAUCAUGACCAGCAUUACACGGGACAUGUCUGGGGACAGAACUUCUCAAUACAGGACACAGACAACUGCUCCAGUAAGGUGAUGUUUUGCGAUUUCAUCUGCGUGUUCUGGCUGAGACACAUGGCGGGACCCGUGGUGCGCACCAUCAUGGACUACGUCAGACAUGUGCCCAUCUGCUCCAAACUCACCAAGAUCUUAGAAAGGCAGAAAGAGUGGCCUGAGAUCUGUCACAUCCUCUGUAACCCACGAUCGCUGCAGCACCUGUGCAGGCUGGUCAUCAGGGAGAAGAUGACCCUGCAGAGACUCAACAGCCCUCAGGUCAUGAACACGGUUCCCUUUCCACCCGCCCUGAAGAAUUACCUCACCUACAAGGAGCUGGACAUGUACGACAGUGUGACAGAGGCGUGAUAGGGACAGAACAUGUGGGUUUACUACUGUAUAGUUAACACUUGUUUUCACGUUAUCUUAUUUAACUGAAACUGUUGUAUUUUCUAGCAGGACAGAUGUUAUGUAAUAUAAGUUGCUAUUGAUUUAAAAAUUUGAUGAGAAUAUUAGUGGAGUUUCAAGGGCCAGUUGGACUGAUAGACUUGUGUUAUUUUAUUUAUGUACAGUGUUAAAUAAACCAUUUAAACUGGGUGUCAAACA